AUGCCUCCAAAGAAAGAACCACAGUCUAAGCCCAAGCCUAAUAGGGCAAAUAACGAAUUGAGAGCCGAGAGAAAGAGAUUAGCUGCAAUUGCAGCGCAUGCUGCUGCUGUUCGAGCCGAAAGGGAGCAAGAAAGGUUGAGGAUGCAAGAGGGAGAGGUAGAAGAAGAGGAAAGACUUGGUGCUUCGGCACAAAACCCUUCUGGUACUGGUGGUUUCUGGGUGGGGGGUGAUGAGCACGGUGUUGAGGAGGGAGAAAGAGAUCUUGCGGGUGGUUCUGCGGGCAUUAGCCCCAGUAUAUUUUCCGGUUUAACACACAGACCAAAGAACGCGCAAAUGAAAGAGCAGCGCCAAAAACAAAAUGAGCGCCGCAAGGCAUACAGAAGAAAGGUUCGGAAGCUUAAGCGCGAGGCGGCAAAGGAAGCCGAUGCCAAGAUUGUCAAGGGCAUGGCGCGUUUGCGCAUCGCGGAGCGGAUUGCGGCGGGAGAGGAUGUCGCUUUUGACGAGGACGAGGAUGAAGAAGAGGAAGAUAGGAUCUGGACUACGGUCCUCGGUAACUGGAGUCUGCCGGAUGAGGAUGAUGAAGAUGAUGUGUGUGAGGGAACUGGUGGGCUCGGGGGUCCAUUCGGGGGAGGCAGCGGUGGUACCGGAGGCCAAGGUGUAAACCAACUCCUUCUCUCCGGAAAUUGA